AAAAAUGUCUUUCUGAGCAUUCAGCAGCACAAGUUGGGUUUUCCCACUCAGGAAGCCAAAACUGACUCAUUGCUGCCAUUACUGGUGGUCUUUCAGCCACCUGCAGGAACAUUUUUUUUAUUUAACUCUCAUGUUGCCUGCAUGUUCCUAUAAUAAGCAGGCACCAUCAUUCCAACCUGCUUCACGUGCAGCUCCCUUUAACACCACCACAUGGUUAUAGUUAGGUACAUAAAUCAGACGCCACCGCUGGAGUGGGAGCUGUGCAGGCAGACAAGCGCACAUGCACGCCACACUGCCGCGGCUCGUCGCUGCUACUGCAGCCGGUGCAGCGAAGAAGACUCGCGGCUCGCUCCCCAUCACUUGGAGGCGGAAUGGCUUGAGAUCAGACAACACGGGAUUGUCUCCAUCGCCUGAUGCACGAUGCUUUUCUGACUGUCUGCCCCGUCCGUGUGUCUGUCCGUCCGUCUAGCCGAGAACUGCUGCAGUGCUGGCUUUCCAGGUGUUGUGUGUGAGUGUGAGAGAGCGCUUGUGUGUGUGUGUGUACGUGCGUGUUCGAGCGUGUGUGCAUGGUGUGGUGUAAUUCUCUUACGAAUUGUGCUUAGCCGGGGGAACAGAGUCUGAUGUCACAUGUGCUUCAUCGGAGGAGACGGGGCAUCUACAAGCUGGAUUUUGUGGAGGAUGCUGCGGCAAGUGAUACACAGAGGGCUCAAGGCUUCGUUCUACUGGCUGGGCUUAUUUGUUAGCAGACACCCCGUUUUCUUCCUCACCGUCCCCGCUGUCCUCACCAUCAUUUUCGGAUCUACCGUACUGAGCCGAUUCAAGCCAGAGAGGGACCUGGAGGUGCUGGUCGCCCCGACUCACAGCCUCGCGAAGAUCGAGCGGAGUCUCGCCAACAGCCUGUUUCCCAUCGACCAAUCGAAGCACAAGCUGUACUCGGAUUUGCACACCCCGGGCAGAUAUGGCAGGCUGAUCCUUCUGGCCAAGUCUGGGGGUAACAUUUUAGAGCUGGCCGACCAGGUCCUGCAGGUCCACAAGCAGGUGUUGGAUUUGCGCGUCAAUUACAAGGGAUUCAAUUACACGUUCGCGCACCUCUGCGUCUUAAGCCACAGGGACAAGCGCUGCCUUUUGGAUGAUAUCAUCACCAUAUUCGAAGAUAUCAGACAAGCUGUGCUCUCCAACAGCACUUUCCAUAAGGUGCCCCUGAGCUAUCCAAACACCACAUUAAAGGAUGGCCGCGUGUCCUUCAUCGGACACCAGCUGGGUGGAGUAUCCUUCUCGCCCAACAGUCGUGACCAGCAGGUCAAGUUUGCCCGUGCUGUCCAGAUCACCUACUACCUCCGUAACCACGGACCUGUGGUGCAGGAUGUCAUUGCAGAGCGCUGGGAGAAUGAGUUCUGUGCGCUGGUCAACAGGUUGUCCAUGGCGGAGGCGCUGCACGCACCCGAUCAGCUCCACAUCCAAUCCCUUACCUCCUUCAGCUUGUGGCGGGACUUCCACCAGACUGGCGUGUUGGCUAAGGGGAAUGUCUUGGUCAGCCUAGUUCUGGUGCUUCUGGCUGCCACCAUCUCCAGCUCCAUGCGAGACUGCUUAAGAGGAAAGCCGUUCCUUGGCCUCCUGGGAGUGCUAACCAUUUGUAUCGCUAACGUGACGGCUGCAGGGAUCUUCUUCAUAUCGGAUGGGAAGUUCAACUCCACACUGCUGGGAAUCCCAUUCUUUGCCAUGGGCCAUGGAACCAAAGGGGUAUUUGAACUGCUGGCUGGCUGGAGGAGAACGAGAGAAAACCUGCCCUUCAAGGAGCGUGUUGCAGAUGCAUUUGCUGAUGUGAUGGUGUGCUACACCAUGACCAGCUCGCUCUACAUCAUCACCUUUGGCAUGGGCGCCAGUCCUUUUACCAACAUCGAGUCGGUGAAAAUCUUCUGCCAGAGCAUGUGUGUUGCCAUCCUGGUCAACUACUUCUAUGUUUUCUCUUUCUACGGCUCCUGCCUGGUGUUUGCUGGACAACUUGAGCAGAACCGCUACCACAGUGUUUUCUGUUGUAAGAUACCCUCAGUGGAGUAUCUGGACCGCCAGCCCACAUGGUUCAAAACCAUGAUGAGUGACGGACAUGACCUCUCCACACACCACGACAGUGUGCCAUACCAGAAUCAUUUCAUCCAGCACUUCCUGCGAGAGCACUACACGGAGUGGAUUACCAACACCUAUGUCAAACCCUUUGUGGUAAUUCUUUAUCUCAUCUAUGCUUCUUUCUCAUUCAUGGGAUGUUUACAAAUAAGUGAUGGAUCAAAUAUUGUGAACUUGCUGGCUAGUAACUCUCCAAGUGUUUCGUAUGCACUGACCCAGCAGAAAUACUUCAGUAAUUAUAGUCCUGUGAUUGGGUUUUAUAUUUAUGAGCCCAUUGAGUACUGGAAUUCCACUGUGCAGGAGCACCUAAAGACUCUGAGUCAUGGCUUCAACAAGAUCUCCUGGAUGGACAACUUUUUCCACUACCUGCGGGUAGUAAAUGUGAGUGCAUCAACCAAGAGUGACUUCAUUACUAUUCUAAAGGGUUCCUUCCUGCGCAGCCCAGAGUACCAGCACUUCACUGAGGACAUCAUUUUCUCCAAGAACCGCGAGACUGAUGAAUAUGACAUAAUUGCCUCACGGAUGUACUUGGUAGCACGGACCACAGAGAAGAAGCGGGAAGAGGUGGUGGAGCUUUUGGAGAAGCUUCGGCCUUUGAUGCUGAUCAACAGCAUCAAAUUCAUUGCCUUCAACCCAACGUUUGUUUUCAUGGACCGCUACAGCUCCUCUGUUGUCUCACCCAUCCUGACCUCAGGCUUCAGCGUACUUACCAUCCUCAUCCUCACUUUCUUCCUGGUCAUCAACCCCUUGGGAAACUUUUGGCUCAUUCUCACGGUUACAUCCGUGGAGCUGGGCGUCUUGGGAUUGAUGACCCUCUGGAACGUCGGCAUGGACAGCAUCUCAAUCCUGUGCCUUAUUUAUACUCUCAACUUUGCCAUGGAUCACUGUGCACCCCACCUGUACACUUUUGUGCUGGCCACCGAGCACACCAGGACACAGUGCAUCAAGCUGGCACUGGAGGAGCACGGGGCAGCCAUCCUACAGAACACAUCCUGCUUUGUGAUCGGCAUCAUGCCCCUGCUGUUUGUGCCUUCCAAUUUGACCUACACACUGUUCAAGUGCUCCCUCCUCACCGCGGGCUGCACCGUGCUGCACUGCUUCGUCAUCCUGCCUGUCUUCCUCACCUUCUUCCCACCAUCCAAAAAGAGGCAUAAGAAAAAGAAACGGGCCAAGCGGAAAGAGCGGGAGAGGGAAAGAGAGCGGGAAAGGGAGAGAGAGAGGGAAAGGGAGGAGAUAGAGUGCAUUGAAGUCAGGGAGAAUCCUGAUCAUGUGACUAAUGUCUGAGUAGUUAUUCGUUUUAAUAGUCUGUAUCCCUCAUUCUCUGGUGGAUUGGAGAUACUCUCUAAUACUGAGCCACCUCUCAAGGUGCAGGGAAGUAUGAGAUGUCCCCAGUGGAGUGUUUACUCCCAAACAACAGCAGCAAAGCUGCCCAGAGUCGACUGCAGCCCCACUGGUCAGUCAUUCGGUUCGUCAGUGUGGACAGUAUAUCUCAUUUGCACAAACUCUAACAUGCUCAUUGUUGUAAAGCCCCCCCCCCAUUGCAAAAAAUAGAAAAGAAAGAAAGAAAAA